ACGUCACCACGCACUUCAAUAUGGCGUCGCUCCGGUGGUGUUUCGGUCCGUGCUAGGCCAACUUUAGAACUCCCCCCAUCACCGGACCACCGCACAGUCGGCAAACAAAAGAAGAAAAGGGAGCGGACUACCUUCGAACGACGUUGUCAGUGUGCGAGCCAUGUCAGUCAGGUAACCGGGAAGAAUGCGCACGGGUUCAAACACGGGCGAAAUGUUCAUCACUCGUGCUCUGGAGAAGAUACUGAACGAUCGCGAGAUCCGGCGGUCGUAUCACUCCCAGCUGCGGAAAGCCUGCGAGGUUGCUUUAGAGGAGAUAAAAAAUGAAACAAAGGAUCAAGCACCGAGCGUGCAGGAGACCUCGUCUGCGCUCCCGCUUCCCAAGGGCCAGGCGGGGCUGGAGGCCGAGCGUUACCUGAUGCCCUUCGAGCUGGCCUGCCAGUCCAAGUCGCCCCGCAUCGUGGUGACUGCUCUGGACUGCAUCCAGAAGCUGAUUGCCUAUGGGCACCUGACGGGCCACCUGCCGGACCCCACCAACCCCAGCAAGCUGCUCAUCGACCGCAUUGUGGAGACCGUCUGCGGAUGCUUUCAGGGCCCCACGACGGACGACGGGGUGCAGCUGCAGAUCAUCAAGGCGCUGCUGACGGUGGUGACGAGCCAGUCGUGCGAGGUGCACGAGGGGAGCGUGCUGCAGCCUGUGCGCACCUGCUACAACAUCUACCUGGCCUCCCGCAACCUGGUGAACCAGACCACCGCCAUCGCCACCCUCACCCAGAUGCUCAACGUCAUCUUCGCCCGCAUGGAGGCCUGCUGCGGCCCCGAGGCCGCUGAUGGGGCGCUGCCGCAGACGGCGAUGCAGGACACGGCCGUGGGGCGCACGGAGCAGAGGGGAAGCGUUUCGCUGGACGCCUCGGAGCAACUCGACAACUCGAGCUCUGCUCCGGAGCCGUCCCCGACGCCCCCUCCUUCCUCCGAGACGGCCAACCCCGCCGAAGACGCCGUCUCUCGGGAGGCCGACGCCGAUUCUGUCGGCGGCGGCAGCGCCACGUUGGACGACCGGGGCGAGUCCUCCCAGGAGGUGGUGGCAACGGUCCUCCAGGAGAUCCUGAAUCGGGUAGUCUCCGGUUCGGGCGAUGGUCCGUCGCCGGCGACGCCGGCCGGCCCGACGCUGGCCCGGGCCAGCUCACAGGAGAGCAUGGCGGCCAGCUGCGAGGGGGGCUCGGCGGUGCAGGCUCACUUUGCCCACGUGGUGCAGAAAGACGCCUUCCUGGUCUUCAGAUCGCUCUGCAAGCUGUCCAUGAAGCCCCUGCCCGAGGGACAGCCGGACCCCAGAUCUCACGAGCUGCGGUCUAAGGUGCUGUCGCUGCAGCUGCUGCUGCUGAUCCUGCAGAAUGCGGGGCCCGUGUUCCGCACCAACGACAUGUUUGUGAAUGCCAUCAAGCAGUACCUGUGUGUGGCCCUGUCCAAGAACGGCGUCUCGUCAGUGCCCGAGGUUUUCGAGAUCUCGGUGACCAUUUUCCUGGCGCUGCUGCAGAACUUCAAGACCCACCUGAAGAUGCAGAUCGAGGUCUUCUUCAAGGAGAUCUUCCUCAACAUCCUGGAGACGUCCAGCUCCUCCUUUGGCCACAAGUGGAAGGUUAUCCAGGUGCUGACGCGCAUCUGCGCAGACGCCCAGAGCGUGGUGGACAUCUACGUGAACUACGACUGCGACCUGAAUGCGGCGAACAUCUUCGAGCGGCUGGUGAAUGACCUGUCCAAGAUUGCCCAGGGGCGGCAGGCCCUGGAGCUGGGGGCAACGGCCCAUCAAGAGAAGUCCAUGAGGGUCAAAGGCCUCGAGUGCCUCGUGUCGGUGCUCAAGUGCAUGCUUGAGUGGAGCAAGGACCUGUACGCCAACCCCGGGAGUGCCGCCGCGGCCGGCGCCGGCAGUGGCGGCGGCAGCGUCGGCGUCUCGGGCAGUGUGGGCAACGUCGAUGCAACGGAGGAGGAAGACCGGAGCCUGGUGAGCCACGGGGGCUCAUCCAACUCCCUCAACUCGGUGAGCAGCUCCAACAUCCCGGAGCAGCUGGAGGUGCUCAAGCAGCAGAAGGAGAUCAUGGAGCAGGGCAUCGACCUGUUCAACCGCAAGCCCAAGAGGGGCCUCCAGUUCCUUCAGGAGCACGGCCUGGUGGGCCCACAGCCCUGGGACGUCGCAGAGUUCUUCCACAUUGAUGAGCGGCUCGACAAGAACCAGAUUGGUGACUUCCUGGGAGAAAACGAGAAGCUGAACAAGGAGGUGAUGUGUGCAUACGUGGACCAGAUGGACUUUGCCGAGAAGGACUUUGUUUCGGCACUCCGCGGCUUCCUCGAGGGCUUCCGUCUGCCGGGGGAGGCCCAGAAGAUCGACAGGCUCAUGGAGAAGUUUGCCGCCCGCUAUUGUGAGACCAAUCCGAACAACGGCCUGUUUGCCAGCGCAGACACUGCUUAUGUCCUGGCGUACUCCAUCAUCAUGCUCACUACAGAUCUUCACAGUCCCCAGGUGAAGACCAAGAUGACCAAAGAGCAGUACAUCCGCAUGAACCGGGGCAUCAACGACAGCAAGGACCUCCCGGAGGACUACCUGUCCCAGAUCUACGACGAGAUCGCCGGCAACGAGAUCAAGAUGAAGACCACCUCCAGCAAGCUGGCUGGCAAGCAGAACGUGUCGAGCGAGAAGAAGCGGCGGCUGCUCUACAACAUGGAAAUGGAGCAGAUGGCAAGGACGGCCAAGGCACUCAUGGAGAGUGUGAGCCACGUGCAGGCUUCGUUCACGUGCGCCAAGCACCUGGAGCACGUGCGGCCUAUGUUCAAGCUGGCUUGGACCCCAUUCUUGGCCGCCUUCAGCGUGGGUCUCCAAGACUGCGACGACCCAGAGAUAGCCGCUCUGUGCUUGGACGGCAUCCGCUGCGCCAUCCGUAUUGCCUGCAUCUUCCACAUGACGCUGGAGCGCAACGCGUACGUGCAAGCCCUGGCGCGCUUCACUCUGCUGACGGCCAACUCGCCCAUCACGGAGAUGAAGAGCAAGAACAUAGACACGAUCAAGACGCUGAUCACGGUGGCCCACCUGGACGGCAACUACCUGGGCAAGUCCUGGCUGGACAUCCUGCGCUGCAUCUCCCAGCUCGAGCUGGCCCAGCUCAUCGGCACGGGGGUCAAGCCCCGCUACCUGGGCUCCGGGGGGGCCGGACAGGGGUCCUCCGUCUUCGGGGGGGGCUCCGGAGGGCACGGCGGAGGCGCCUCGCAGGACAGCAUGCUGGACCCCAUGGAACUGACCCGUCCGGGACUUCCGAUGGACCAGAAGCGCAUGGCGUUGCUCCAGGAGUCCAUGGGGGAGACGAGCUCCCAGAGUGUGGUGGUGGCCGUGGACCGCAUCUUCACGGGCUCCACCCGGCUCGACGGCAACGCCAUCGUGGACUUCGUGCGGGCGCUGUGCCAGGUCUCCCUGGAGGAGCUGGCGAACCCCUCGCACCCGCGAAUGUUCAGCCUGCAGAAAAUUGUGGAGAUCUCGUACUACAACAUGGGCCGCAUCCGACUCCAGUGGUCUCGCAUCUGGGAGGUGCUGGGCGAGCACUUCAACCGGGUGGGCUGCUCCCCGUCGGAGGACGUGGCCUUCUUCGCCCUCGACUCCCUGCGCCAGCUGUCCAUGAAGUUCAUUGAGAAGGGCGAGUUUGCCAACUUCCGAUUCCAGAAGGACUUCCUGCGGCCCUUCGAGCACAUUGUCAAGCGCAACCGGUCCCCCACCAUCCGGGACAUGGUGGUGCGCUGCGUGGCACAGAUGGUCAACUCCCAGGCGGCCAACAUCAAGUCUGGCUGGAAGAACAUCUUCAGCGUGUUCCACCUGGCGGCCUCGGACCGGGACGAGGGCAUUGUGGAGCUCGCUUUCCAGACAACGGGGCGCAUCGUCACCCAGACCUACGGACGGCACUUCCUUGCCCUCGUGGACUCCUUUCAGGACGCGGUCAAGUGCCUGUCAGAGUUUGCGUGCAACGCCUGCUUCCCGGACACGUCGAUGGAGUCGAUCCGGCUGAUCCGGCAUUGCGCCAAGUAUGUGGCGGAGCAGCCCCAGACGUUCCGGGACCACAACAUGGAGGAUCAGACGGUGCCCGAGGAGGACCGGGUCUGGGUGCGCGGCUGGUUCCCCAUCCUUUUCGAGCUCUCCUGCAUUGUCAACAGGUGCAAGCUGGACAUCCGGACACGUGCCCUGACGGUGAUGUUCGAGGUGGUGAAGACAUACGGGGCCUCGUUCCGGCCCCACUGGUGGCAGGACCUGUUCCAGAUCAUCUUCCGCAUCUUCGACAACAUGAAGCUACCCGAGCGGCACAACGAGAAGGCGGAGUGGAUGACCACCACCUGCAACCACGCCCUGUACGCCAUCGUGGACGUCUUCACCCAGUACUACGACGUGCUGGGAAACCUGCUGCUCGACGACCUCUUCGUCCAGCUUCACUGGUGCGUCCAGCAAGACAACAAGCAGCUGGCGCGUUCGGGCACCAACUGCCUGGAGAACCUGGUGAUCUCCAACGGGACCAAGUUCAGCACCGAGACGUGGGACAAGACCUGCCAGUGCAUGCUGGACAUCUUUAAGACCACCCUGCCCGAGAUGCUCCUCACAUGGACACCGAGCAAAGAGGGCGGCAACCACGAAAACGUCCAAGCCUCUGACGAUCCCGAACAUCGUUCGAAGGACGAGGUGCAGUUCAACUCUCUCAAGGUGAAGUGUGUGGUGCAGCUGGAGCUGAUCCAGACCAUCGACAACAUUGUCUUCUUUCCGGCCACAAGCCGCAAGGAGGACGCCGAAAAUCUUGCUGCUGCACAGGCGGAGGUGGCCCCGGCCCCGCACGCCUCUCAGCAGCAGCCGUCCCAGCAGGGCUCUCGCCAGCAGCAGCGGGAGGAGCAGCUGCUGCUGCACCAGCUGGGCCGCUCCCUGUCCCUGGACCAGCAGCAGGAGGAGCAGGGCAUGUACGGCUUCCUCAGCUCGGGCCAGCUGCUCCUGCUGGUGGACUGCCUGCUGGAGUCGCACCGCUUCGCCAAGGCCUUCAACGCCCACGGGGAGCAGCGCAACCUGCUCUGGAGGGCGGGCUUCCGGGGCAACGUCAAGCCCAACCUACUCACACAGGAGGCCCAGAGCCUGGCGUGCGUGCUGCGCAUCCUGUUUCGGAUGUACCGGGACGAGGGGCGCCAGGACGCCUGGCACACGGUGCAGGACCGGCUCAUCGGGGUGUGCAGGGAGGCACUCCAGUACUACCUGUCCCUGGCCACCGAGAGCCACCGGGAGUCCUGGGACAGCCUGCUGCUGCUCUUCCUCACCCGGGUCCAGAGGCUCGACGACGAGCGGUUUCGAGCUCACGCUUCGGUCUACUACCCCUACUUGUGCGAGCUGACCUGCAUGGACGAAAAGCCGGCCAUUCGAGCCGUGCUGCGGAAGUUCUUCCUCCGUGUGGGCACGGCGUUCAACGUCUCUCACCAUUAGUCGACACCGCACCGUACAGCCCCGAACGUCAAACACCGGUCGCGCGUCUUGUGGGGUGCUUGUCACCCCCGCCGCUUUCCACGGGCACGAGGAAGAACGAAGGAAUGACGCAACAUGCCUAAACCUCACCAGACGCUUGUUCCGUCGUGCGUCGCCGCUGGCUCUUCGAAUAAUUUUUUGUUUGCUCUUUCUGUUUUCCGGGAACUGGGGUCGAGUUUAUAGUCAGUUCGUUUCGGUGGUUCUUGUCAUUCCGGUGCCCGCUAGAAGUCGGCUAGAGGUCAGCUAAGGGUCGGCCAGAGAUCGGCUAGAGGUCGAUGAGUUGCGGAAGUAGCGGCGUGCGAGGCGUUGUUGUGCGGAAAAGCCUGAGCGUUAGCACCACCAGAGAACCGUGGCCGACCGGUACGCUUGCUGCCGUACGGCCAAUGUACGGCCGGCGUAUGUCCAAGGUACGGCCGACAGACUGCAGGGUUCUAUGCAAAGAGCUGCGGCGUGCCCGCGACCAUCUGCCAGCGUAAAGUAUGCCGUCCCCUCCCCGAGGUGGGACACCCGUUGUAAAAGAGGCGCAUUGAGUGCAACCGUUAUUUUUCUCGGAGUCUAAUUUAUUUUGUGCCCGGAGAAACAUUCCAGUGUGUGAUGCUGAAGCGUUUUGAGUGCUGAAGAUGGAGGUGGUUGAAAACUGUCCUGUUUCUUCGAGGAGCAUGCGUGUAAAUGCGAGAUUGUAGAGGGAAUAAAAUAUACAGUAUAACUUGGA